GAAACAGAACAAAACGACGACGUGUUCAUCUUCUUCUUGAAUUUUAUCUCUGCGCAUCUAUGGCAAUUUACUAGCUUCUCAAAUGUUGGGUUCAUUUAGAGACCGUUCUCAAUCCUCAAAGAAGCAGAAACAUGAAGAAGGAUGGUUAGGAGUGAGUUUCAAGCCCGAAAAUUUCAUACCGGGCCUCAUAAUUGGCUUCAUUUGUGGGCUUUUCUUAGACUUAUCGAAGCCCGGAAAAGGAUACGAUGCUAGGAAAAUCAGCAGGCCGUUGCCGGGACAGAAUCAACAGUUACCAAGAAUUGUUUCAAGUAACACUGAUGAAGAACUCAAAAUGGUUUUAGUAGUCAGGCAGGACCUGAAGAUGGGAGCGGGAAAGAUUGCAUCUCAAUGUGCUCAUGCUGCCACCGGCCUGUAUUCUGAACUUAUGCAGAGCCAUAGGUCCCUUUUGAGGCAAUGGGAGCUUUGUGGCCAGGCCAAAAUAGUAGUUACAUGCAAGAAUCAGCAAGAAAUGAAUAAGCUGAAGGAUGCAGCCGAGGACAUCAGCCUUCCAACAUUUGUUGUCGCUGAUGCAGGACGUACACAGAUUUCAGCUGGGUCAAAGACAGUUCUUGCUAUUGGACCUGGGAAUAAAUCCAUAGUGGAUUCAGUAACGGGGAAGUUGCGCCUGCUUUGAUGACACUGAAGUCAUUCUUUCGCGGUUAUGACUUAUAAUACAUUGCCAACGACUAUGAAUUUUCUUGCUGUUUCUCAUGGAGUACAGACCAUUGCUGAAACUUGUCAAGGUUAUUGUACUAUUAUCAAGACGGAAAGAUAUUUUUCCUUUCUUAUCCUGAACAUCGUGAUCUAUUACAUGAUAUUCUUUUUUCUUGUUACAGUUUUGAUUCAUAGGAGAAGUCAAAUAAUAUGUUCUAAUUCCUUUAUGAGAUUUCCCGUCUCUCUGUUAGGUUUCAGAUGUGAUUGUUUUCUGUUUAGCAAAAUGUGUACUGCUGAAUUUGGUUUGAGAAGGUUGGGGAAGAUGAAAGAGGAAUAUUGUGACUAUAAGCACAUGUUUGGCGUAAUGUGAUUCUAACUUCUUUUCCUUCAUCA